AUGGCUAAAAGAAAAGCUCUUAGUUUCGAUGAGAAAUUAAAAAUUAUACAGCAGUAUGAUGAGAAAAAAGGAGUUACGAAUAAGCAGCAAUUUGCAAAUGAAAUAGGAAUACCUGUAUCUACAUUAAAAACUUUAUUAAAAAAACGGGAAGAAAUUGAAUCCAGCGCCUUUUCAGGCAUCAGUAAAAGACGGAGGGUACGUAAAGGCAAAAAUGAGGAUUUAGAAGAAGUGCUGUACCAAUGGUUCCAGCAAGCUCGAGGAAAUAACUUGCCGAUCAAUGGACCCAUUAUGACGGAAAAAGCCAACGAAAUAGCCAAAGGCUUGGGCAUAAAUGAUUUCUCUGGAUCAGCUGGUUGGCUGGAUCGAUUUCGAAAAAGAUAUGGCAUUAAAUAUCGUCAAAUUAGUGGUGAAGCCGAAGCCGCAGACGACGACAACAUUGCUCCCUGGAUAGAAAAUCUCCUCCCUAAUCUACUAAAAGACUAUGCACCUGAGGACGUAUAUAACGCUGAUGAAUUUGGAUUAUUUUUUAAAUUAAUGCCAGACAAAUCCUUAGUUUUAAAAGAUGAAAAGUGCCACGGAGUUUUGAAGCAGAAAUACCGUAAAAAGCUGGUACAGCGUUACUUACGUGAAAUUGAAUCAGGAGAGGACUCUUCCUGUAAAAUAAAUGUGUUGGAUGCUAUCCAUUAUGUUUCGGCUGCGUGGGAUGAGAUCGCGCCAGAUGUGAUAAGAAAUUGCUUUCGAAAAGCGCAUUUUGAGAGCAAAUCUAAUGAAAAUGACCUGAAUGUUGCGGAUUUUCUGGACAUCGAAUUUGAGGAACAGUAUCCUGGAUAUUGUUCAGUUGAUGAUGAUUUGCCUAUCACGGAAACUCUAGAAAUUCAGGAUAUGAUUGACAUGGCGAAAGAUGGAGAAUUCGAGGUUGAUAAUGAGGAAGAGGAAGAAGAUGAACCUCCCCAACUUCCCUCUUUUAUUAGCGCCUGCGAUUCCGUAAGCGUUUUGCGGCAGGCGCUCUCUUCUACCGAAAACUCGGAAGCGAUGCUGAGAGAACUUAACAGGAUUGAAAGUUUUAUAAUAAGAAAUUUUAGGAAACCAACUUCUUAUGAUGGAGGAAAGCAACUCCUUAUGGAGAAUUUUCUUACAAAAAAAUAAUAGCAUAGAUGUAACUAAGAUGUAAUAAAGUUGUAGAGGUUAAAAUGCAUACGCGUUUCUUUUGCUUUUAGACUGUUAU